GGGAGCGGACGAGUAGGAGGGGGCCCCGGGCUAUAUAUAUAGCGGCUCGGCCGCGGGCGGGACCGGCGCGCAGGGAGGCGCGCACUGCUCCGCAGGGUCCCAGCUCCAGCCGCGCGCUUUACGCCCGGCUCGCCGCUCCAUGCAGCCGGGGUAGCGCCCGGCGCCCGGGGGCCCCGUCGCUCGCCUCCCGCUCCUCCUCGGCUACGCACUCCCGCACGAGCUCGGCUGUGCGCUCCCGCGGGCCGCCACAGGCGCAGCUCUGCACCCCAGCCUCCCGGGCGCACGGACCGCCUGACGGACGCACGGCCCUCGGGCCGGGAUGUCGGGGCCCGGGACGGCCGCGGCGGCGCUGCUCCCGGCGGUCCUGCUGGCCUUGCUAGCGCCCUGGGCGGGCCGAGGGGGCGCCGCCGCACCCACCGCACCCAACGGCACGCUGGAGGCCGAGCUGGAGCGCCGCUGGGAGAGCCUGGUGGCGCGCUCGUUGGCGCGCCUGCCGGUGGCUGCGCAGCCCAAGGAGGCGGCCGUCCAGAGCGGCGCCGGCGACUACCUGCUGGGCAUCAAGCGGCUGCGGCGGCUCUACUGCAACGUGGGCAUCGGCUUCCACCUUCAGGCGCUCCCCGACGGCCGCAUCGGCGGCGCGCACGCUGACACCCGCGACAGCCUGCUGGAGCUCUCGCCGGUGGAGCGGGGCGUGGUGAGCAUCUUCGGCGUGGCCAGCCGGUUCUUCGUGGCCAUGAGCAGCAAGGGCAAGCUCUAUGGCUCGCCCUUCUUCACUGAUGAGUGCAAGUUCAAGGAGAUUCUCCUCCCCAACAACUAUAAUGCCUACGAGUCCUACAAAUACCCCGGCAUGUUCAUCGCCCUGAGCAAGAAUGGGAAGACCAAGAAGGGGAACCGGGUGUCGCCCACCAUGAAGGUCACCCACUUCCUCCCCAGGCUGUGACCCUCCGGAGGACCGUUGCCUCAGCCUCGGGAAGCCCCCCGGAGGGGAGUGCCGAGGGCCACCUUGGUGCACUUUCUUCGGAUGAAGAGUUUAAUGCAAGAGUAGGUGUAAGAUAUUUAAAUUAAUUAUUUAAAUGUGUAUAUAUUGCCACCAAAUUAUUUAUAGUUCUGCGGGUGUGUUUUUUAAUUUUCUGGGGGAAAAAAAAGACAAAACCAAAAACAAAAAACCAACUCUGACUUUUCUGGUGCAACAGAGAAUCUUACCACUGGAUUUCUUUAACUUGUCAAAAGUUGUCACGAGUGUGCUGCUAUUCUGUGUUUAAAAAAAAAAAAAGGUGACAUUGGAUUCCGAUGUCAACCCCUGUAGUAUGGCGUGGAGCAUCUCUCUGUCUGGAAAGGCCUGCCUGAGGCUUCAGAAGCCAGUUCAGGGAGCUCCCGGGCUUGGCCCUCUGCUAGCAUCCUCAGAGGCCCGCUCCCUUUGUGCCCUGUUGCUAUUAAUCGGGACAUAUCGGUUUACUCCGGGUACAGAAAGUGCGGUGUCGACGUCCUCGCUGCCACUCUGUUUUUAGAUCUGCCAAGACUGACCUUUGAACUUUCCUGUAGUCAAUCUUCCUCGAUCUACCAGAUGGGAGAGACCCUUGGACAACUUUAUAAACUCCUGUUUGCCUUUUUGGGAUCAGCGACAGCCCCCAUCGCUGUGACCAUUGGGGAAAGGACGAAGCCCUUUCAUACAUUUCAUGGAGAGGAAUUGAUAUCCCACCGGAAGGCUAGAAAUGGACAAGAUGGUGUGUUUUCAAUCACAAGCAAAACUCUAGUGACGAAAAAUAAUUUGUGAUGGCAGAUGCUUCUGAUGGUGUGAUAGAAUAUGUUUUUUAAAACAAACCAUCAAACCCCCUCAAAACGGGCUUCCCUGUGCUUAGGGAGCUUCGGGCUAGAGCUAGCUAUUAUUUUAAGUGAAAUGUCCUUGUAAUUGUACAAAACAAUUGGUGCAGUGUUUGCGUGGAGGAGCCUGCUGCUUUCUGAUGCAUUCCCUGCUUAAGUGCGUUUAAACAUCUACCUCACAAGCCCUGAAACCCCCGGUGAAACCUGCAGAAAGCUCAGACCCGGUGCAGGAGUAUGCCAUCCCAAGUGGCUUUUUUUUCCAUAUGUAGCCAAAAAGGAUUGCAGAUAGCGUCGGUGCGUCCUAUUCGAACCUUGUCACGUUUGAGCUAUCUUUACCCUGUGAUUUACUUUUAGUAAGGGUGAUCAUGGUGAAAAUAUUUGCAGACAGCUGUUACAUGCACUAUAUGGUCACCAAGUAACCUUAUAUUUUUCUUUAUAUAUUUUACAAAUGUAACCCCUGUCGUUGAAGCAACCGUGGAAGAGGCAGGGUCGGUGAUGUUUAAAAAAAGUUCCGAGGUGAUGGCAAACAUUUAAUUUUAAUGAAUGACUUUUUAGAGUUUAUGCAAAAUGACCUUAGCUUGCUACCAGAAAUGCUCCGAAUGUUUCGUCAAGACUUUAAUACUCUCCUAGGAUGUUUCUGAACUGUCUCCCGAAUUAACUUUAUGGGAGUCUACAGACAGCAAGACUGGAAAAUCUGAUUGGAGUUUUUGUCUUUCACAUUCCUUUUGAAAACUCUUUGUUCGAAUGCAAAUCAUCGACUUAAAAUCCUAUUCUUAACCAAGGCCUGGAAGAAAGAAGACACUUGCAAAGCCACUGAGACAGGACCACACAUCUUAAACUGCUGUUCCUACAAUGCAAUAAAAUGUUUUUAAGUUUUAAACCACACCCUAGGCUCCAGGAGUGUUGAGGAAAGAUGCUGUUUGCAGGUCUCCAUGCUGUUUGGGGUCGGGAGGCGGGGUGUGGCGGGAUCAUCCGUGGACUUUCUGGAUUUUAAUGUAUUCACCUAGUGACAAACCAUGAUUGUCUUAAAUGCCUUACAUUAUUAUGAGAUUUCUUGUCUCAGAGCCCAAUCAGAUUGUCAGGAAUUAACAUGUCUUAGGUUUGAUCACCCUUGACCACUGCUUACAGAUAUUUCUUCAACAAAUCAUGUGUGAUGCCUGUAAGGACGUAACUGUCCCUUUAAAAUAUUGUUUUCAUAUUGCUGCGAUGGGGAUUCAAGGUUCCUGUAUGUGCCACUGUUUUCAGAAUCUGUAGUUUUAUACGGGUGCCGACCCUCGUUGUGAUGUAUGUGCUGUGCACAUUGACAUGCCGACCGCAAUGAUAAGCGUUUAUCGUGUAUAAAAGACGCCACUGGACUGGAUGUACACGAUGGGGAAAGGAAUUAAAAACUAUUAAAACUGUGCCUUGAAA